UGUAUUUUGGAACCAAACUCUUCAUAUAUGUAUAUGUAUAAAGUGGGCAAAUUAAAGCAGUUGUAGGUGACAUGGAGUUGGUCGCCUCAAGCCCAAAAUAUACUUUUUUUUUUUUGCAUACGCUAGCAUAUGCGUACAGCCAAACACACAGCCCUUCAAAGUAUACUCCAUUUGAUAGCGUUGAUGUGCUCUAGAAGCUUAAAUUACAUCGAUUCGAUAUUGAUUCUCAAAAGCCACAAAUCGAUCUUUUCCGGUAUUUAUUUCAGCAAACAUUUAACACAAGAUCUGAUUAAUGUGAAUCUUAUCAUUAAUCUUCUCCACUAGAUGUCACCCUCUUAUUUACCUUGUGUGAUGUUACAACAGAAAGCCUCUCAUUCUGUCAGUGCCUAUGGCGGAGAUACUUUUGACAAGAACCAAGAACAAAGCAAUAUGCUUGAUUUGCAAUGCUCAGACCUGAUGAUGCCUAAAGAGGAGAGUGAAGAACUGAAUGAAAUGGAAGAGAAAGACCAGACACUUAAUUUCAUGACUGGAGAAAAAUCCACACAAACUGAAAAUAUUUCCUCACGAAAAAAGGCUAAAAUGACCAAAUCUAAAUGUUCUUUCAUCUGCCCACAAUGUGGAAAACGUUUCACUCAAAAAGCAAACCUUAAAGUCCACAUUAGAAGUCACACUGGAGAGAAGCCUUUCACCUGCAAACUGUGUGGGAGGAGCUUCUCACGAAAAGAAAGUCUUAAGAUUCACAUGACAAUUCACACUGGAGAGAAGCCAUUUGUAUGUGGUAAGUGUGGAAAGAGUUUCAGAUGUAAGGAAAUCCUUAAUUCCCACAUGAGGGUCCACUCGGAAGAGACCCAUUUUAGAUGUCAUCAGUGUGGAAGGAUUUUCAGAUUCAAAAAAAACCUCAAUACUCACAUGAGAGUUCACUCUGGAGAGAAGCCUUACUCAUGCCAUCACUGUGGAAAGCGUUUUGUUCAUAAAGUAAGCCACAAGAAUCACAUGAAGAUUCACAAUGAAGAGAAGCCAUUCAUGUGUGCUCAGUGUGGAACAUGUUUCAAGUAUAAAGCAACCCUUAAUGCUCACAUGAGAGAUCACACUGGAGAAACUCCGUUCACCUGCAAACUGUGUGGGAAGAGCUUCUCACAUAAAGGAAAUCUUAAGACUCACAUGAGAAUUCACACCGGAGAGCAGCCAUUCUCAUGUGAACAGUGUGGAAAGAGUUUCAGACGUAAAGAAACCCUCGAUUCCCACGUGAGAGUUCACACUGGAGAGAGCCCUUACAUCUGCAAAGUGUGUGGGAAUGGCUUCUCACGAAAGGGCAAUCUUAAUACUCACAUGAAAAUUCACACCGGAGAGAAGCCGUUCAUUUGUGACCAGUGUGGAAAGAGUUUUGGACGUAAAGAAACGCUUAAUUACCACAUCAGGAUUCAUUUAAGAGAGAACAGUUUAACAUGUCAUGAGUGUGGAAAGAGUUUCACAGAUAGCAAUCUCCUUAAGAAGCAUGUAGUAAUUCACAUCGGGGAUAAGCCUUUCAUGUGUUAUUUCUGUGGAAAGACUUGUAAAAGCAAAUCAAACCUUGAGAAUCACAUAAAAGUUCACACUGGAGAGAAACCUUUCACCUGCCAAGAGUGUGGAAAAGGUUUUACGGUUAAAGGAAACCUUCACAUUCACAUGAGGGUUCACACCGGAGAGAAGCCUUACAAGUGUCUUCAGUGUGAGAAGUGUUUCACAUAUCCAAAAGACCUGAAACGUCAUAUGCAAAUUAAAUGUGAAAAUAAAACUGCUGUGUUCUGAGUGUAGUAAGGUUUACAAAGUGGAACAUUUUCAGAAAUCACCUGCACAUUCCCUCAUUCCAAGCAUUUAAUUAGGAGCAGUGUAAAAAAAAAAAUCACACUUACAGAUAAUCUGAGACUUUAUUUUUGUUCCUUGUGCAAAAGGGUUUUAAAUAGUUAAUCAAUUUUAAAAUGCUACCAGAAAAUUUGUUUAUGUGCACAAUACAUUUUCAUUGUACAGAGCAUUGGUUCCCAACCGCAUUCCUGGACCAUAUUUACAUGUCUCCCUUAAUCAAACCCCUGAUUCAACUCAUUACAUUCAAAGACAUGCAAAAUGUGUUGUGUUGGGGGAUCCAGGAAUGUGAUUUAUUUUUGAUUCGGUUUGAUACCUCAAACAAAUAGUAGAUUUGGCAACUUUGGUCCUGAGGCCCGUUCUUCGUACAUUGCUAAAGCCGAAACAAACUCACAGCAGGAUUUUCGGCUGUCCCAGGUGAAAGAAUGGCAUCGUGAAACAAUCGUGGUGAUUUCUGUGUUCGUGGCUCAUAAUCGGGGGUCCAGUGUCGAACAGUGAGAGAGGUUCGACCAAAAAUAGCCUAUGAUACAGCAUGAUCAUCACACAGUUUCUUAUCAGCUACAAGCUAUGUUUACUAACCUAACAAAAAAAAUGUGACAUGAAAUCAAUGUGGCAUGGCUCUAAAACAUGCAACUGCUUACCUCAAGCUCUUAUCGCUUCGUCUUUCGCCGCUUCCACUUUUUUCAGCGCACGUAAAAACUACAACUGCUAAAGUGUGACUCAUUAUGCUCUUUUUGUUUACCACUAGCCCAUGCUGAUCAGUCAAUUGGUGUCAUCAUCGUACAGUCUACACACAUGUCGUAGCCAAGUUUAUUAGAUUCAUAUCACACAGUGUGACAUGCAGUGAUCUUAUAGGAUUGCUAAAAACGUUCAGU